AGUCUCCAACCUUAACAAAAAAGCCAUGUUGUCACUUUUAGUUAUCCUAUUAUCCCUUUCAUUGGCAACUUCAGCAACACAUCAAGAAAGUUUUGUCAAAUGUCUCAACUUAAAUUCUGACAGAACAUUUCCAUUUAACUCGUUAAUCUACACUCCAAACAACCCUUCAUUCAGCAGUGUUCUUGACUCCUCUGGGCAGAAUAAAAGGCUUUUGGAACCUUCGGCACCAAAGCCUAAGUUUAUAUUCACACCCACCCGUGAUUCCCAUGUUCAAGCAGCAGUGAUUUGCUCCAAGCAACUUGGGAUUUAUUUUACAGUGCUAAGUGGUGGCCAUGACUUUGAAGGAGUCUCGUACGUUUCCGAAACUGAAAGCCUCUUCAUAGUCAUUGACUUGAUCAAGCUCCGUGAAAUCAAGAUUGAUAUCGAAAGCAACACUGCUUGGGUUCAGGCUGGUGCCACAAACGGUGAACUGUACUACAGAAUAUCUGAGAAGAGUUCAGUUCAUGGGUUCCCUGCAGGGGUUUGCACAAGCUUAGGACUUGGAGGGCACAUUACAGGAGGAGCAUAUGGAACCAUGGUGAGAAAAUAUGGCUUAGCGGUGGAUAAUGUCUUAGAUGCUAAAAUUGUUGAUGCCGAAGGUAGAAUUCUUGACAGGGAAGCCAUGGGGGAAGAUUUGUUUUGGGCUAUAAGAGGUGGUGGAGGUGGAAGCUUUGGUAUUCUUCUUUGGUGGAAGAUUAAGCUGGUUCCCGUGCCCUCAACUGUGACAGUUUUUACAGUUAACAAGACCCUUGAGCAAGGUGCAACCAAGCUUCUUCAAAGAUGGCAGGAAGUGGCACCCUAUGUUGAUGACAAUCUCUUCAUCAGAAUCAUCAUUCAAAGAACACAGAGAACUGUUACAACUUCGUACAAUGCUCUCUUCCUUGGUGAGGCCAAAUCACUCCUUGGAAUCAUGAAGAAAAGCUUCCCCGAGUUGGGUUUGACAAGAAAGGAUUGCUUGGAAACUAGCUGGAUCAAGUCCGUGCUCUAUUUUGCUGGCUUUCCAAGUGGCACGAAUCCUCAAGUUCUGCUAGGAAAGUCACUGAUGAAAACCUUCUUCAAGGGAAAAUCAGAUUUUGUAAGAGAACCGAUACCAGAAACUGGACUCGAAGGAUUGUGGAAAAGGGUGGUUGCAGAAGACAACCCUUUGAUUUUAUGGAGCCCAUAUGGUGGAAGGAUGGAGCAGUUUUCAGAAUCUGACACCCCUUUUCCGUACAGAAAGGGAACAAGGUUCAUAAGUCUGUACUUGUCCUUUUGGCAAGAUGGUGACAAGAACGUUGCAAAGCACAUAGAUUGGAUUAGGAACGUUCACAACUACAUGGCUCCUUAUGUAUCUAGCUUUCCAAGGGGACAAUAUGUGAAUUACAGAGAUCUUGAUUUGGGAGUAAACACAAAGAAUAGCACGAGCUACAUAGAGGCAAGUGUUUGGGGUUACAGGUAUUUCAAGAACAACUACGACAGGUUGGUAAAGAUUAAGACAAAAGUUGAUCCUCAAAAUGUCUUCAGGCAUGAGCAGAGUAUCCCACCUCUUCCAGUGUGAUCACAAAACCCAAAAAAUGGGAAAUAAGGCUUUUUGCUGCUACAGUCAUUAGACUGUGCUAUCCAAAUUUAAAGCAAUAAGUAUAAAAUUAUAUUUUACUUUGUUUAUGGUU